AAUAAAUAAAUAGUGAAGAGGGCAGCGAGACGCGGUGGAAAGGGAGAAGGAAGAAGAAGCCCAGCAGCAGCAGUAGCGAUGGGGAAGGAGCCGACGGAUGAGCAGGUGGCGUCGAUGAAGGAGGCCUUCAAUCUGUUCGACACCGACGGCGACGGCCGGAUCGCCGCGUCGGAGCUUGGCAUCCUGAUGCGCUCCCUUGGCGGCAACCCGACCCAGGCCCAGCUCAAGGAGAUCGCCGCCACCGAGGGCCUUACCGACCCCUUCGACUUCCCCCGAUUUCUCGAUCUCAUGCGCAAGUACCUCCGCCCCGAGCCCUUCGACCGCCAGCUCCGCGAUGCCUUUCGCGUCCUCGACAAGGAUUCCACCGGCAAAGUCUCCGUUGCUGACCUACGCCACGUACUCACCAGCAUCGGCGAGAAACUUGAGCCCGCUGAGUUUGACGAGUGGAUCCGCGAGGUGGAGGUCGGCCCCGACGGUACUAUCCAAUACGAAGACUUCAUUGUUCGCAUGGUCGCCAAGUGAUCCUUUCCUUUCCAGCGGCGUCUGAGUCAGAUUUUCUUUCCAAGCACGAAAUUGCAUGGAGGACUGGUCAUGACUUAUGGUUGUAUCGAAUGACUCGUUAUAUUUUCUUCACCAGUAUUACGUCGGACUUGGUUGUUUAACAUUAUUAGUUUGAUUAACAUCUUGUUUUGUUGAAUGGCCGAUGCAUUGAACCUGUGUUUGAAUUGUUACCAGAAAACUCAACCGUGUUGCAUUUUCAAAUUCUGUUUUGUUUGUAAUGAAUCUUGCACUUUGAAAAGUAUCAGAGUUGGAUACAA